AUGCAGUUCGAGCCGGAGCACUCGUUCUUCGAGGCGGGCUCGUUGCUGCGCCGCUCGUACGUGUUGAUGGAACAUCGGCCGCAUGUGAUGCUCACCUGCACCGAGCGGACUGUCAUCGUGGAGGUGGAAUAUCGGCUGCUGAGGGCGUCGCAGACCAGCGGCGCCACACCGCCUCCCAUCGUUUACCGCCUGGCCGACGGCGUCGGCGUCGGCGUCGGUGUCGGAAGCGAAGACGGAGGGGGCCAGCCUGAGGGUCACUGUACGCCGCUUCGGCGCUGCCUCGGCCGACGAGCCUGCACCUUUCUCUUCAGCAACGAGUUCUGCGGCUCGGACCCGCUCCCCGGUCUGCGGAAGAAAAUGGCGGUGACGACGACCUGCUAUGAUGACACAAAGUACCACAACGCAAAGGUGGUGCACCUGAAAUACCGCUCACUGCUGGAGUCGGGCGUGCGGAACUACUCCCGGGUGCAGCUGAUGGAGCGUGAGGUGCUCAGCAAGCACGUGUUUGGCCUGACCUGCCCGCAGCAUGAGGCCGUCAGAGCAGCGGGGUACCGUGGCCGCUGCGAGCCCGGUCUGUCCGACCCGCGCACGCUCAGGGAUCGGGCCGCAUUCGUCAUGUCAAAGGUGCACUCCGAGGAGUGCCGUCAGCGGAUGAGCCAGGUGCUUUGCGCGCUGGAAUACAGUCGAAGUGCGGAGUGCCUGCCGCCGUUCAUGUGGAACGGUGAUGCCGGCGACGGCGGCCUCAGCUUCCUCAUAACGCCGACCGUCGGCAGCCGGCCAGUAUGGCAGCCUCCAGCCGCAUCGCGGCAUCCUUCUCUGGAGCCAGUCACAAUAGGUUUCUACCUGCUGGUGCACAGUGGAUUUGACGCCGUGAUGGAGCUGCUCGAACGCGUGUAUGACCCGGCCCACCUGUAUGUGAUCCACGUGGAUCUGCGGAGCACAGCACUGCGGCGUGAGCUUGAGGCAGCGCUGGCAGAGCGGUACCCGGACCGGCAGCGGCUGCGCCUACUCGAGAAGCACCGCUCCUUCGCUGCCAGCUGGGGCUCCGAACGCAUCUUGCGCGCCGAAUUAGAGUGUCUGGAAGAGCUGCUCAGGAUGGCUCCGUGGGACUUCGCCGUGCCCCUCAGUGGCCUUGACCUGCCGCUGCGGCCGGCGGCCGAGCUGGCUGCGACACUAGCGCCGUACCGCGGCCGAAACCUGCUCCAUCAUGCCGAGCACAAGUUCGUGCGGACGCACGAAGAGAACAACGUGUUUGCCAUGUUUGGCUGUGGCGACUUCGUAUUCAACGUCUCACGACCCGGCAACCGUCCACUCCGGUUGAAGAUACCUGUUUAUGGACAUGCCACCUGGAAGGCACUGGACCGGCAGUUCGUCGAGUUCGUUAUAUCUGAGCUACCGUCGUCCCCGCUUGCUCGCUGGAGCCUCCUGCUACGGGUCAUCAUCAUACCGGACGAGCACUUCUUCGCCACGGUGCUUAUGAACUCCCGGUACAGCGACACACUGCUUCGGGCCAAGGUGCACCAUCCGAAGCGCUUCCAGGGCGAGAACCCGGAUGGUCUGUGCCGACACCGGGACGUGGUGGAGUUCUGUGGCAAGGGCCCCGCCACUGUUGCGCCGCGGGAUAUUGACCACUUGUGGAAGUUCUCUGGCCGUUUCUUCUUCGCCCGGAAGUUCCCGUCCAACAUCAGCGAUCCAACCAGGGCGAAGUAUCGCGCCACAUUUGCCAGACCGUACUACGAGAGCAUUCAGCACGUCUUCCCACCCUGGCUGCCGACGUACAUUGCCAAAAUCAGCUUGCAGUGGCUUGAAAUAAGUGAUGCAUCUCAAGAUGACAUUAUCACCAAUCCUAUGCAGGUGUACCCAAGACUAGAGCCAAUAUCUGACUGUUGCGAGAUCCUGCACAGGAGAGAAAAUCAAGCGGUCUUCUCUUACGCGUAUAUCUUAGACUUCUCAACGGCGGGCGCCUGGUACCGGUCCCGUGUGCGCGUGACUCCACCGGUGCGCUGCUACCCGGCGGCCACCUGCGCAGCCCGGCGCGGCUCGCUGCUGGUCGAGCUUUGGUUCCACGCGCCCGAACGCUGGACGGCGCCCGCGUACGAGGCGUGCGACCGCCAGCCGCACCGGGGGCGCUGGUGUUCCCCCGGCUGA